GAAUUCUCUUGUAGUAAGUAACCGGAGGGUAAGAAAGUGUGAAACCGUUAAACCCUAAACCCAUUGCCAUCACUUCUGCUGCAGCAGCACUUAAAACUUAGGGAUUUUUGACAUUGCAAAGCUGCAAGUCAGCGAAUUUGAUCCCACCGAACAACUGUGUUCGAUUAGAUUAGCCGCGAUGGCUUUGGCUCUUAUCGAACGCCCUGGUUCCUCCUCAAACCCAUAUCCCCUUAUCAGCGAAAACUACGAGCUCAAGCUUACCCAAUCAAUCCGAAGCCUUUUAGCUGAAGUCAGAGAAAAAGGCCAUCUACCCACUCAUUUUAUUGAGGAUUUCUAUGGACUAAUGCAAGCAAGAGCCGACCCACCUCUGGAUUCCAUCUGGGUCUACGCCGCACUUGUAUUUCGUAGCCGCGAAACGCCAAAGACCGAACCUUUGGAUGAAAUAGCAGCUGCAGAAGACUUGUUUCACCUGGUAUCAGCAUGCUCGGCACCUUGUGGGUCGUCGAAGAGCAUCGCACUGCUUGCUCCUGUGGUGUGCCUGGUUCACAAGGUGGUUGUCCAUUUGUGCGGUGGUGGGAAGGACUUGACAUUGAACAAGAGAGACAAGAAAGCGAUGAAAAAGGUUAAAUCUUUGGUGGAAGUGAUUCUUGGUUACAUAAGUGUAUGCUGCGGCAAGGAUUUCUCUGAUGAGGAGGUUGGUCAGAAAUCAAUUACGCGUUUUGUGGAUUUAGUUCGCCUCUGGAUGGAUUCAAAUGUGGAAUUUGAAUCUUUCUUACCUCUUGUUAAUAGUGAGGUCCGUACAAGGCUUUGUGCGGGAGAAUGUGAAGUGGGUUACUUGGCUGGAGUUGUCAUUGCGGAGGUGUUCCUGUUGAAACUGUGCUUGAAUUUCAGAUUUGGAGGUUCAAGGGAGGAUUUAGAGAGAGACUUAAGGAGUUGGGCCGUUGGUUCCAUAACUGGUUUUUGCAACUUUCACUUUUUCGGGAUCCUUCUGAGAAUGCUGCUGGAGAAGACUUUGCCGCUUGCCUUAAUAUUGAGCUGUGAAGAUGAAAUUUUAUUGAGGAAGGUUAUUUAUGAUGCCAUCAUACUUUGUGAGUACCCUUUUGUUAACCCUGAGAGAGCCAUCCACCUGAAUGUUGACCGCAUGAGAAGUCUUGACAUGACAAGAUUGAUUGUUACACAUGAGGCCAUGGAGUAUCUUAGGGAACAUGGAGAUCAGAGGAGAUCUAUCUCUUACGCAAAUGCCUUCUCCAAUUCACAUUUACCUACACAGAUUAUUGAAUGGUUCAAAAAGGCGGAAACUGCAAGUAAAUUGAGUAGAUCUUCUCCUAAAGCUCUUAUAAAGUGGCUUUUUGACCUUGAGCAUCAAGGGGUAAGAGUAUUUGAUGAUAGUGACUUGAAGUAUCGUGCCAAAUCAAUUUGUGAUACAUCCAAAACAGACUUUGAGCAACCAGCACAUGAGUUGGAGAGCGAGAAAUUGGGAGAUGAUCUUCUAUUUUGGGUAGAUAACAAGCGUGAGAAGGAAGAUACAGAUGAGGAGGUUGAAAAGGCAAACGAAUCCAUGAAUGCUGCAUUUAUUGCUGCCUCCCACAACAUGAAGCCAAUGGACAAAGUGGGAAGAAAACGGAAAGAAGAGACAGGUGCUGAAAUGAAAAAGAAAAUAAAGUUGAUCGACUUAAAUGGGAGUUUGCCACUGGUGACUUCUGAUGACCAUAGCAGCAGCGGAAGCGAGGUCGACAAUCCACUCUCUGAUGAGGAUACUGAGUAGAAGGAAACAGACGCUUAUUCAUAACAAAUUAUCAUUUUUUUAUAAUUAUUUUCUUUUAUUUCUGUUGGCUUUGUCAAUAUUAUUUAGUUUUUAAUGACAACUUGUAUUAAUGCAACGAGAGUUAUUUUUAUGAGGAUGUCAGUAUUCUGAUUUAAACAAAAA